AGAGAAACAAAACAAAAAUGGCGGAUGAAGCUAAGUAUUCCAGGUCAGUUACUAAUUCGUCAUAUUUUGAAUUUACCCCCUUUCAUUUAAGCAAGAGAGGUGAUAAUGUUUAAUUGAGUAGUUGAAAAGAGUAGAUAAUAUCAUUCCUUAGGGAAAUGUAAUAUUUGUGCUCAAUAUUUUGUGCGGGGAAAUUUUUUUGUCAUAUGUUACGCUUUCACUUUCCAAAUUGCAGGUGAGUUUUUAUCUGGUUGUCUGCCAAAACACCAGGAUAAGGCUUUAAGAGUGGAUGGAUUUGAAGGUAAUGGAUAAAGAAAUAAAGAGAGAAGGAAACGAAGAAGUCUUUGAAGCUUCAGAUAAUUUGAGAGAAGUUCCAAUCAGUGCACGCGCUGCAGAGACGGACAGUGCACGUGCAAAAGUCGUUGCGGGUGAACUUGAACAUGAACCGGAAGAGUUACAGAGUGGUGAAGAAGAAGCGCAGGGUCAUAUUGUCGGAGGUGGUGAUAAAGAUUUACCAGCUGAAAACAAGAAGAAGAAGAAACGGAAAAGACGGAAAAAGAAAAAACAAGAUCGUGAUCCCACUUCUGCUGCGUCAGCUGUUGUUUGUUGUGAUGCAAUAAAUGAAGAAUGUGAUGUUAAAGCUGGUCAACCCAACCAAUGUGCUGACAAGGAAAACAACGAUUGCGCAGAUUUAGAGACAAAAACAAGCCUGGAUCAAGCUGACAGCGAGAAAGGUAGAAGAAAGCAAAUGGAAAGCUCACAGCUAGGAGACGGUAAACCAGAAGAAAUUCCGCCAGGACACGAAAAAACUAUGGCUCAAGGAGAUAAUCUAAGUAACAGCUUUGCGGAAGUUGCUCAUAGCAAUGAACAGCAAGAUUUGGUGGUUGCUAACAGUGUAGGCAGCGGGAAAAAGAAAAGGAACAGACGAAGGAAGAAACAAAAUAGAGUUCGUGCGGGUAAUGAAGAAGUCGUUGAAUUGAGUUGUCAAAGCGGCUCUACAAGAAAAGAGCUUCAAUCAGCCGGUAGCGUGAGAGAUUCAGGGACACGAAAUGCAAAACAAACAACUCCAAGCUCUCAUGAAAUAUCUGCAAGAAGAAACACACCACGCAGAACCCCGAGGAAUCGUGGGAAUCAACGGAGACCACUUUAUGAAGCGUAUUGGCCACUGGAGAAAGUGUCUGCUGCGUUGAAGAGGCAAGAACUUAUGAAAGGAGUUUUACGAAUAAGCCCUAGGAACUAUGAGCUGGCCUGGGUGACAGUACCUGGACUGAAACGUGAUGUCGUGUUAGAGGGAAUGCUGAUGCGAAACCGAGCUCUCAAUGGUGAUAUUGUUGCGCUGGAGAUCUUACCCAAACAGAAAUGGAGAAUUAUGAAAGAUGAAUUGGAUUACAAUGGGAUUACUCUGGAUAUGAAAUACGUAGAAGAGACAACUGGAGGCUUAGAUUCCUUGUCCCUGAGCCCUGGGAAUGAAUCCCAGUCUCCUUCCACGUCAGCUUCAGGCCACAUUGAUAAACCUAUCAAUGUCGAUCAAGUCCCAGAAGAGUUUCUGCAAAGAACUGGCAAAGUAGUUUACAUUAUUGAAAAGAAACACUCUCGUGUGGCUAGUGGUAAUUUAAAGCCCUUCCCCCACCUUAAGGAAUGCCCCGAUGGUUGCUUCUCCCCAGCUGACAGUCGACUACCCAGAAUACGCAUCCCACGUGACCAAUGCCCGCCAGGAUUCUUUGACAGACCACGAGACUUUGAAAAGACUCUGCUUGUUGCGCGAAUUGUCAGUUGGCCCGAGACCUCUUCAAGGGAUUCGUUUCUCGCGAUCGGCUCUAUUGCGCGAAGUCUGGGAGAGGCGGGGGAGAUUGAGCCUGAGACGGAGGGGAUCCUCUUAGAGUACGGAAUCGAUUCAGGACCUUUUCAGACGAGGCCCUGGCAUGUUUACCUCUGGAAACGCCUUGGAAAAUACCUGAAAAAGAGUUAGAGUACAGAAGAGACUUCCGAGAUGACUGUGUUUUCACAAUUGAUCCCCUUACCGCUAGGGAUCUUGACGAUGCAGUUCACUGCAAGAAAAUUCAAGAUGGCUGUUUCGAAGUUGGAGUACACAUUGCUGACGUAAGUUUUUUCGUUCGAAGGGGAACAGCAUUGGAUGAAAUUGCCAUAGAGAGAGCAACAUCUACAUACAUGGUACAAAAAGUAAUUCCCAUGCUCCCACGGCGUUUGUGUGAAGAGUUGUGCAGUUUAAACCCAGGGGAAGAUCGUUUGACUUUCUCCAUUGUCUGGCGUAUGUCUGAAAAAGGAGAAAUCUUAGAUGAGUGGAAAGGAAGAGGAAUUAUUCGUUCUCGCGUCAAGAUGGCGUAUGAACACGCUCAAGACAUGAUUGAGAAACCAAACAGGCAGUGGAAUCCAAGUGAGCUACCCCCUAUUUCAGACGGCGCGACGGUUGAGCAAAUUUCUGCUCAAGUUAAUCAGCUUCAUAAGUUUGCCCUGCGUCUCCGUCGUAAUCGCUUUGAAAACGGCGCCUUGCGCCUUGAUCAAGUUAAACUCCAGUUUGAUCUGGAUAAAGAAACCGGUUUGCCAAAUGGAUAUCACGUGCACAAGCAGCGUGAUGCAAAUAAGCUCAUUGAGGAAUUCAUGUUGCUUGCAAACAUGGCGAUAGCUCACCACAUUUAUGUGGCUUAUCCUGAGACAGCCUUAUUACGGCGUCAUCCCAAACCUCACGAAAAACAACUGGAGGAUGUAAUCGAAAUCUGCAGAUCUUUUGGAAUCAAUUUUAAUGGCACCUCUUCCAAAACUAUCCAAGACUCACUGUCACAAUUUCCGCUGUCAUCCCCCGAGAGAGAGGUUCUGGUCAAUUUGACUAUGCGACCGAUGAAGAACGCGGAAUAUUUUUGCACUGGGUCAGUAGAAGAAGACCAGUAUGGACACUACGCUUUACGUGUACCUCUCUACACCCACUUUACGUCCCCAAUAAGAAGAUACGCAGAUGUAGUAGUACACAGGCUUCUGGCCGCGAGUCUUGGCAUCGACGAACCGCUGAAUCAAGACCCUGACGGUAUUGACAUGAUAGCGGGACACUGCAAUGACCGGAAACUUGCUGCAAAACGAGCCAGUGAACUGAGCAACGAGUUGUUCUUUGGUAUCUUUGUGCGUGAAAGUGGCCCUCUUGAAGAAGACGGAAUGGUUUUGAAUGUUAUGGACCAGUCUUUGGACAUUUUGGUGCCCCAAUUGGGCGUGGUCAAGCGCGUUUACUUAAAGUUCUGCCCUGGAGUUAAAAGCUUUGAAUUCACCAAAGGCGAGAAAGGGAAGCCAGCCGAGAUACGCUUGCGUUGGAGCGUGAAGCUCAAAUCGGGUGAUGAACCGUACGAAGAGGAACAAAUCCUGAAGAUAUUUCACCAAGUCCGGUUGAUUUUGACAACUGAAAGCCAGACAGAAAACAAAAGGGCAAACCCCUUCAAGGUCAUGGGAAAACUCGUUCCAAAAUUGGCCUGCGGAGAUGAAUACUACAUCCCCUCGACUUCAGCAGAUCACAAAACUGACGGGAAGAAAAAUGCUGUAUGCAGCUCCAAAACGGUUCACGGUCCCAUCUCAGCUAACAUUCGUGCUGCCGAUGAUAUCCGAAAGAAACUUUUCGAGUCGGAACAAGAACCGGAAGGACCACGUACUUCCGAACAAGGGAGUGAGAUCUGUCAUCGUGAAGCAGCGGAAAUAGAGUCGCAUAGUUCUGAUGACGUUAUUGUAGAGUCUGAAGAAGAGGCGAGUGCCUUGCCGAAUGGGAACGAUAAAUCUACGAAGGCAACCGAAGACAACUCCGAUGAUGUCAUAGUGGAGUCUGAAACCGAUCCCGAAGAGGGCUGACAACCUUGCAAGCAGGGGAAUAAAUUUUAUUCUUUAACAUGGUUAGUUUUUAAAGACUCCUUGAAAUUAGUACAACAAGCAAAUUUCUUGAUGGUUUUACUCUGCACUAGUUUUAGUUCUCUUCGGGAGCUCUUAAUGCUCAAGAAAUGAACUUGAGUUUGUUUUGAUUCGUUAAAAGAAUAUUCAGUCCACUAUUUAAGUCGAACGGGAUAAUGUAUUAUGCAUGCUGUAGAAGCUGAAGUUUAGAAAAGGACAUUUCUGGACUCUAAGUCCGUUUUAUGAGGUAGUUACCGUGUGUAUUAUUUUACUCCCACAAAAAAAUAAUGUGUGAGGUACUCUUACUAUUAAAUCGGAUUAAAAAUGGGACUUUUAGGAAAUCUAAGCCAAAGAACUUAGAGAGACAUUGACCUGAUUGUUGGGUCUAUUGCACCCGCGCAUUGCGAUUUUGAACGCCAAUUCUGAUUUUGAUCACAGUUCUUAAGUACUAACAUGCGUUUUGCGACGCAUCUUAUUGUUCUGUGGAACAUUUCAUCAUUAUGCUUCUGUUUAACCUACACACAUGUCAAUAAGGUCGUGUCUUCAUAGAGAUCGUUUAAAACUUCUAAGAGUUUUAUAUAUGUUGUAGCAAAUUUUUUGGCUCAGGUAAUUUUUCUUUUUCUAUUGUUUUUGGGUAU